UUUCGCGGAUUCUCCAGCGUUUUUUGUCGUAAAAAUUGUUUAUUUAGUGUUAGAACUAUUUCUCGUGGCGUGGUUGUUGAAGUUUAAGUGAUGCUUUCAGUGUGUGGUGUUACCCAGUGGGUUUGGCUGUAGUUUCGGAGUUGGCUACAUUUUUCAGGAUGUCGCGUACUCCACUUGUGUUUUCGGCCACUCAACUUUUAUGAUAGUGUUGUUUGUGUUGUUACAAAAGUGGUUAAUCGAUUACUCGAAGAAUAAUGAGUCAAAUGACAGAUGACAGCAUGAGCGACGAUGUGUUCGAAGAAGACACGCUUCGAGCGGCGCCUGCGCAGCGCAACACGCGCUCGCCCACUGGCUACCCCGACUACCGCCCGCCCGCCGAGACGCCUGCCAAGACCUACGCCGACGACGACGUGCCCAUCCACAAGACGAUCCUGCUGGGUGACAGCGGCGUGGGAAAGACAUCUCUACUAGUCCAGUUCGAGACGGGAAAGUUCCAACAGGGAAAUUUUUCAGCGACUGUCGGCAUCGGAUUUACG